AGUAAGCGAGGAAUAACCUAGUCAGACGGUUUGUGUAGUGUGUGGUGGAAGUGUCAAUUGACUUGAGUGUGCUACAAUAAUUGUUAUCGAUCUUUAAAUAACCACCACUACAUGCUAAGGAUAGCGCUAGAAUAGAAGACUACACACAAAUAGAAGACUACACAGAAACGAAAUGUUUGCAAGAACUCUCCAGUUGCGAUCCAACAAUAAAAUCAAUCGGAUAAUACGAUGGAACUACUCGACGAAAGUAGAAUACAAGCCCAUCAGAAGCGUUUUAGUCGCCAAUAGAGGGGAAAUAGCCGUUAGAGUAUUUAGAGCAUGUAACGAAUUAGGAAUUAAGUCUGUAGCUAUAUACUCCAAGGAAGACAGAGCUCACAUCCAUAGACUGAAAGCAGAUGAGAGUUACAUUGUCGGUGAAGGACUACCUCCCGUAGAAGCUUACCUAAAUAUACCAGAAAUCAUAAAUAUAUGCAAGGAUAAUGGAAUCGACGCCGUCCAUCCAGGUUAUGGAUUCCUUUCAGAACGCUCAGAUUUUGCUCAAGCGGUUCUCGAUGCCGGAAUCAGGUUCAUCGGGCCGUCACCGAAGGUGGUAUAUCAAAUGGGUGAUAAAGUAGCUGCUAGGGAAGCUGCAGUCGCAGCAGGUGUUCCAAUCGUACCUGGAACUGAUGGACCAGUCACGACCGCAGAAGAGGCGAAAGAAUUUUGUAACAAACACGGUCUUCCCGUAAUUUUUAAGGCUGCAUACGGAGGAGGAGGUAGAGGAAUGAGAGUUGUGAGAAAUAUGUCAGAAGUCGAAGAAAGCUUUAAAAGAGCUUCAUCAGAAGCUAAGAGUGCGUUUGGAAAUGGAGCUAUGUUUAUCGAAAAGUUCAUCGAAAGGCCCAGACAUAUUGAAGUUCAACUUUUAGGUGACAAAGCUGGAAACGUUGUACAUCUGUUCGAACGUGACUGCUCGGUACAAAGAAGACAUCAAAAAGUCGUUGAAAUGGCGCCCGCUCCUCAUCUGAGCGCGGGAGUGCGUGACAAAAUGACUGAAUUGGCCGUAAAAUUGGCCCGCCACGUCGGUUACGAAAACGCCGGUACCGUUGAGUUCUUAUGCGAUGAAAAGGGCAAUUUCUAUUUCAUUGAAGUCAAUGCUCGAUUGCAAGUGGAGCAUACUGUUACUGAGGAAAUUACUGGAAUUGAUUUGGUACAGUCGCAGAUUAGGAUUGCUGAAGGAAUGACCUUGCCUGAGUUGGGUAUCAAGCAAGAAAAUAUUAAACCUGAUGGUUUUGCCAUUCAAUGUCGUGUCACGACGGAAGAUCCAGCCAAAAACUUCCAACCCGACACCGGCAGAAUCGAGGUAUUCCGUUCCGGAGAAGGUAUGGGCAUCCGUCUCGACGGAGCAUCUGCCUUUGCGGGAGCUAUUAUUUCGCCAUACUACGACUCGUUGUUGGUGAAAGUCAUAGCUCACUCGAAAGACUUAGCCAGUUCCUGUGCCAAAAUGAACAGAGCUCUUAGAGAAUUCCGUGUCAGAGGAGUCAAAACGAACAUUCCAUUUUUGUUGAACGUACUCGAAAACCAGAAGUUCCUAAACGGUUCAGUCGAUACCUAUUUCAUCGACGAAAAUCCUCAAUUGUUCAAGUUCGCCCCUACAAAGAAUCGUGCCCAAAAACUACUGAACUAUCUAGGAGAAGUCUUAGUAAAUGGUCCUCAGACGCCUUUGGGGACGACUUUAAAACCUGCCGAAAUUAAACCACACGUGCCUGUUGUGUCGCAAGUGUUUGGUUCUUUUGAAAAGUUUAAUAAGCUUGGAAGCUGGGAGUACCUGGUGACGAAUCCCGACCAUGUUCCAAGUAUUGAACCACCAAAAGGAUUCCGUCAAAUCUACAAAGAACAGGGACCAGAAGCCUUCGCCAAAGCCGUUCGAAACCACAAAGGAGUUCUAUUGAUGGACACCACCUUCCGAGACGCCCAUCAGUCUCUUCUAGCAACCCGUGUUAGAACCCACGAUCUCCUAAAGAUCUCACCGUUUGUCGCUCACAACUUCAACCAGUUGUACUCGCUGGAGAACUGGGGAGGAGCUACAUUCGAUGUCGCUUUAAGAUUUCUACACGAGUGUCCGUGGGAGCGUCUUGAAGAUAUGAGAAAAAUGAUUCCUAAUAUUCCUUUCCAAAUGUUGUUGAGAGGUGCCAAUGCUGUAGGGUAUACCAAUUACCCGGACAAUGUUGUUUAUAAAUUCUGUGAUUUAGCUGUUCAAACUGGUAUGGACGUCUUCAGAGUAUUCGACUCGCUUAACUAUUUACCCAACUUAAUCGUCGGCAUGGAUGCUGCUGGAAAGGCAGGAGGUAUUGUCGAAGCUGCCAUUUCCUACUCUGGCGAUGUCAGUAAUCCUAACAAGAAGAAAUAUGAUCUGAAAUAUUAUCUCAACAUCGCUGAUGAAUUGGUGAAAGCCGGAACGCACGUAUUGGCUAUUAAGGAUAUGGCUGGUUUGUUGAAACCCAAAGCAGCUAAGAUGCUUGUGUCAGCUAUUAGGGACAAAUAUCCUGAUCUUCCAAUUCACAUCCAUACGCAUGACACCAGUGGUGCAGGAGUAGCUGCUAUGCUCGCAUGUGCCGAGGCUGGAGCAGAUGUUAUCGAUGUUGCCGUUGAUUCUAUGUCUGGAAUUACAAGUCAACCGAGUAUGGGAGCGAUUGUUGCCAGUUUACAGGGUUCACAACACGAUACGGGCAUUGAAUUACCCAAAGUUACCGAAUAUUCCGCCUAUUGGGAGCAGACCAGAACGUUGUAUGCUCCAUUCGAAUGUACUACGACGAUGAAGAGUGGAAAUGCUGAUGUCUACAAUAACGAAAUACCUGGUGGACAAUAUACCAACUUACAGUUCCAAGCCUUCUCGCUAGGUUUGGGCGAUUUCUUCGAGGACGUAAAGAAGGCCUACGCCGAAGCCAACCUCUUAUUGGGCGACAUAAUCAAAGUAACGCCAUCUUCCAAGGUAGUAGGAGAUUUGGCGCAGUUUAUGGUCCAAAAUAAGCUUUCCCCUCAGGACGUUUUAGACAAAGCCGAAGAACUUUCAUUCCCCAAAUCCGUAAUAGAAUUCCUCCAAGGACACAUUGGACAACCUUACGGGGGAUUCCCAGAGCCUCUCAGAUCUACCGUCCUCAGAGACAUGCCUCGCAUUGAAGGAAGGCCUGGUGAGAGUCUUCCACCGCUAGAUUUUAAAACGCUAACAGCCGAUUUAAAAGAAACUUUCCCAAAUGCAACCGAUAGAGAUGUGAUGUCUGCAGCUCUAUAUCCACAAGUCACAAAUGAGUACUUGGCAUUUAACGAGAAAUUUGGGCCAGUAGAUAAACUUCAGACUAGGAUGUUCUUGGUAGGACCUAAAGUAGGAGAAGAAUUCGAAGUGACUAUCGAAAGAGGAAAAACUUUAGGCAUUAAAACCCUAGCAGUAGCUGAAGAUUUGACAGAAAACGGUGAGAGAGAAGUAUUCUUUGAACUUAACGGUACUCUUCGAUCAGUUUUGAUCAGAGACAAGUCUGCAGGCGAAGAAUUACACCUUCAUCCUAAAGCUGAGAAAACCAACAAAAAGCAAGUAGGAGCUCCUAUGCCAGGAACCGUAAUUGAUAUUAGAAUAAAGGCUGGUGACAAAGUAGAAAAAGGUACACCUUUAGUUAUCCUUUCUGCCAUGAAGAUGGAAACCGUAGUCCAAAGUCCUGUAGCUGGAGUUGUCAAAACGAUAGAUGCUGCUAUGGGAAUGAAACUUGAAGCUGAAGAUUUAAUUAUUACUUUAGAAUAGGUACUACUUUCAGGAACGCUAUUAUACAGAGCCUGGUCAUAAUUUUAGUAACAUUAUAGUUGAUUCUUUAAAAGAAUAUACUCAUAAGAAACUUUCUGGCACUAAGUGCCUAUUGGAGAGUGUAAUAUACGUCUUUGUCACCAUAUUUGUACUGAUUAGGUACUCAAAAUACUUGAUUUUCUCAAGUGUUCUAUGACGUUUAGUGCUUGGAUCUUCUAUCAUACGUUACAUCACAGAAAUUGUUGUCCUAUGCUAUCACAAAAUUGGCAAAUAAGUGGUACAUUUCGAUGAUCACUCUUUUCCAAGACCUACUUAAGAUACAACUCUGCUAACCAACUGAUCUAACAGGUUGAUACCUCUCAUGGUAUUCGUAGGGUCCAUAGUGAUAUAUAUGUAUGUUUAAUCAUUAUGUAUAUAUGAUUAAUUAUUUUGUUUCUGCUAGUAUAGAUCUCUGUAACAUUCCCUAUUUAUUGUUGAUGAUAUUGUAAACCUGAAUGUUAUAAUUUUUCCUACUAAUAUUUUAUGAGCUGACUGGAAAUUUUGCUACACUUUUACUAACUAGAACACUACUGGAAAUAAAAUAAUUUGACAUUAACCAGUUGUCAAACGUCAAGUGUCAAAUACCGCUGUUUAAAUUUGUGGAAUAACGGCUUUGAUUUACAAGGAACGCAACUCAUUAACAAUUGAGAGGUAGCAUUGAAUACGACUUGAAUAAAACAGACAGAAAAAUAAAAGAAUACAACAUGGAAUAUGUUUGCCACAAAUCUAAGCAUCACAGGCUCUUUAUUUUAUGUUAAAUAUAUAUUUGCAGGCCAUUGAAAUCUACAAACUAUUUUUUAUAAGAACAAAAUAUUAAAUAUACUAUAUUUUUAAAAAUACAAAGUAUAUAACGGUCGUUAUGAAAUAUAUUGUGUUAUUUUGUACUAUUUUAAUGUAUGUUUAUUUGUUCGUUUUUAUAUUGCUGCAAUUUCUUCUUGGUAUAGAAAAACGUGUGUGUAUUAUUUUGUAUGUGUCUUUCAAACACACUUUUAGGCUGGUUUUUGUAGACUUUUAAGCAUAAAGUAUGUCAAAAGUCAUGUGUCAAACAUCAAAUGUGUUCAAUUUACAUAGAACACAACUCUGAACAAUUAAGAAAUAACAUCAAAUGCAUUCGACCUUGAUGGAGCACCAGGAAGAAAGAAUAAAAUAAGGCACGGAAACAUCUUAUAGUCGUUAUAGAUUAUAUUAUAUUUCAGACCUGUUUUUUAAAUAUUUUAAACCCUUUGUACAAGAUUGCCGUUUGUACAUUUUAUCCUUAUAUGUGUAAUGUUAGUUUAUAAAAGUUAAUCCGCACUGUUGUCUACACCUCCAAAUAUGUCAAAGGAUGUAUUCUUAACUGUUCAACCUAACCUAACAUAACCUACCAAUGGUAGUAAGGCGGAAAAUCAUAAACUAAUGCUUUUCGGAAACUAUACAAGCUUGCCUUACUCUCAUCUUCAUUGUGAAUUCCUCUUUUCGUUGUAUUAAGUUAUAGAACAUUAUAUAUUUUAUUGAUAACUCUCAUCUUUAACUCUAAAUUCCAACUCCUGAAGAUAUCUUAUCUUAUUGCCAAGAUAUUUAUUUUAUCGUUUAUUGCGUUGUCGAAUGCAUUGUCAUAAUCUAGGAAAGACAUCUUUUCGUUGAUCCAAGCCUAUGUUCUUUAAUUAAAACUGCAUCAAGACAAUGACAUCACUUACAGUUAUAAGUUUAUAAAUGCUCUUUCACUCGUAUAAGCCAUAAGUGUGAUUAUUUUUUCGCUCGAACCGGGAGUACCUACUUGUCACAUUCUUGACAUUUGAUCUAUAUGGGAAUCUAUAAUUGAUAAUAUACAAAAAAAUUUGAGUAAAAACCAUAUUAAACUCGAAUUGUCAUAAGAAAAAGUCGAUACAUAUGAAGCGAUGAAAUCAAUGCUGUCGUAAGCCAAAGCAAAAAGAACUUUGUCGUGGGUCAAAUGAACUGUGUUGCUGUUCAAAUUUAAUGUUUUCAUUAAUCAAACUUAAUUGUCUCGGUAAUAAAACGAGCCAAAUUGAUAUCUAUUACGGGCUACAGUUUGAUGGCUGAUUAAAUUUAACUUUAUCGAAAGUCAAGUUCAAAUUUGGUGAGAAAGCCUAAUUUAACUUGAUCGGCGACUAAAUUUGUGUCAAAACGUAACUGUUUCUCCAGACAAAAUUAACUUUGUCGCAGAUAAAAUUUAACUUGUCACUAGCCGCAUUCAUGCCUGAGCUGAUUUUUACUGUGUACUGCGUUUGAAUAAUAAUUUAUAGAAGUGAGUCUGUAUUCAUUAAUGCCGUAUAGGCUGAAAGUGUUUUUAAAAGACUACAUGAAUAUUUCUAGUGUCAUUUUAAGACAUUUUACUGAACUAACCACAUUUUUGUAUUCAUAAAAACACAAUAUGCUCGAAAAAAUAUCUCGAAGAAGUUGCAACUACUAUCUAAUGUUAAUAAUCUCCAAUGACAUUACAUAUACUUGUUUAGGCUGUGUUGUUAAAAUACUUUUAAACGUUAUUGUUAUUAUUAAAAAUUUGUUAAUGAUUUAUUGAUAUGUACCAUUUUUAAAAUAAUAAUCUUACCAUGAUCAGGUUUGUAUAAUUUGUUACUCUCUAUAUUUAAUAUAUUUUUUUACAU